AUGUUUCAAGAAAAAUCUGAAAAACUGUCUUUCCCCAAAAGAUCUUCAUCUUUGAGAUCACCAUCAGAUUCACCGGCUAUUACUUCAAAAAAUGUUUUUAUGUUUGUUAAUUAUUCUAAAGAUUGGCCAUUGAUUCUUGUGGGUAUUUUACUUAUGGGUGGUUCAGCAAUUGCCACACCAAUGAAUACAUAUAUUUACGGGGAAAUAAUGGGUAAACUUUCACAAUUUUAUUUGCAGGAUCAGUCAAAUCAUUCUUUUAGUCAAGAUAUAGUAAAAUUAUGUGUUGGUUUAAUAGGUAUUGGAUGUUGUAAAAUGAUAUUAGUAUGGCUAGGCAUGUUCACAUGGCUUAAAUUUGGUGAAAUCCAACAAUCAAGAGCAAGAAUGCAAAUUUACAAUAAAAUUAUUAACGAGUCACAAUCAUGGUAUGAUUCAAAGCAAAACCUAAUUGGGCAAUUGACACAAAUCAAUCGAUGUAUUGAAGAAUUGAGAUCUUGUAAUGGUGAAAUUUUGGCUAGUUUGAUGCAAACCAUAGUAUUGAUUUUGGCACUUUUAAUAAUGUCUUUUUACCAAUCGUGGAGUACCACUUUGAUAAUAAUGGCAAGUUUCCCCAUUAUGGCACUUUGUGGUUGGUAUUUUGGUAAACUCACCUAUAAAGCUCAACAGGAUGAGAAUGAAGUUACAUCAAAAGCUAGUAAAGUUUUCAACUGGUGUUAUGUUAAUCCAGAAAUGGUUAGAUUCUUCAAUAGUAAAAAUAUUGAAUUAACUAAAUUCAAACAGUUAAUUGAGAAAUCAGCUCAAUUUUAUUAUAAAUUAAGUCAUGCUGUUGCUGCAAAUACAGCAGUUUUAAAAACUUUAACAUUAAUGAUGUUUGUUCAAGGUUUUUGGUUUGGUAAUUAUCUAUUAUCACAUAAAACAAUUACGAUCAAUCAAUUAUUCACUUGUUUCAGUUCUUGUUUAAUGCUUGGACAAGCGGUUUCUGGUAUUACAGAAUUGUUAGCAAUUCUAAAUACCGGACAUGCUGCGGCUGAUAAAAUCUCUGGCUUUUUAUUGCAACCCCCAUCUAAGGCAAAAUUAUUAUUACUACACCUGAAAUACCCACCAUUUGAAAUUGGUUCAAUAUACUUCAAAAAUGUUUGGUUUGAAUCUAACUCACAAAAUAGUGUUGCUAUUUUGCAAGAUGUUUCGUUUGGAAUUUUACAGAAUCAAUUCAAUUAUGUAAUUGGGAAAUCAGGUUCUGGGAAAUCUACUAUUGCAAAACUCUUGAUGCGGUUGUAUUCUGUGUCCCGUGGAACAAUCGAGAUUGAUACGGUCUCAAUUGAUAAACUAGACCCCAAAUAUAUAUGUCAAAAUAUCACUUUACUUGAACAAAAUCCAGUGAUAUUUGAUGAUAAGACAAUUGCAGAAAAUAUUGCUAUUGCUAUAGUUGAUGAUUACGAUAGUUUGCAGGCAAUACCCUAUUAUUUGAUUGAACAAUCUGCUCAUUUUGCUUUAUUGCUGGAUCUAGAUUUGAAUAUGAAAGUGAAUCAUUUGACAUUAUCUGGAGGGCAGCAGCAACGGAUUUCUAUAGCUAGAGCAUAUUUGAAAAAUUCUCCAGUACUAAUUAUGGAUGAAAGCUUUAGUGCUUUGGAUACUGAAACUAAGCAAGGUCUUAUUGAAAAAGUGAAAAAAUGGAGAAUUGGCAAAACAACUAUUUUUAUUACUCAUGAAUAUAAGAACAUACUUGAUGAUGAAAAUGUCAUUAUCUUGGAUCAAGGAAUGAUCAAAAACCAAGGACAGUUUAAAAAGAUGAAGAAUGAAGAAAUUGUCCAGAAUUACAAAUCUCAGGGUAUUGAAACUUCCUCAUAUGAAACCACUAGUCAAAGUUUCUCUGAUAAUACAAAGCUACCGGAUGGCGAUUACAACUAUAAAACCAACCCUUAUAUUCUUAAGGAUUUAGAAUCCCAAAUUAAGGAAGACACGGACAAUGAGAAAUUGAUGGGUGUUUUGGCAAUACUUAGAUAUUGUAGCUCAACAAUCAAUGGAAAGUCGUUACUUGGAUUUGGUAUUUUAUUAGCUAUUUUUCAAGGUGUAUCAAGUCCGGUGUUUUCAUAUUGCUUCUCCAAGCUAUUAUCAACAUCUUUAGACAGUUCAAUAGGGUUAAAUUCAACCCAAAAAAUUCUCCAGUGGUCUUGUAUAUCAUUAUCAAUUGCUAUUUUUACCGGGGUUACCAGUUAUUUAUCAGAAUUUAUUCUAAAUUAUUGUGGUGAAAAUUGGAUAGUAUCUCUACGACAAUUAACUUUUUUCAAAUUGAAUAAUCAAGAUUUGUCAUUCUUCACUGGAUUUGAUACUAAUUGGAGUUCACUGGAAAUAACGGCCUUACUCAUGAAUGACACCAGGGACUUGAGGAAUUUAAUCUCUCAAUUCUUCCCUUUAUUAGCCAAUUUGGUGUCAAUGACAUUAAUCGGAAUAAUCUGGUCAAUUGUAUCUGGUUGGAAAUUGGCAUUAGUGGGGAUUUCAUUUGUUCCGUUAGUACUUUUGGUUACUGUUCUUUAUGGGAAAAUAUUAGAAUCAAUUGAAAAUAAAUAUAAAUGCAAAGUGAAUAAUGUCGAGCUAGAUCUAUAUCGAACCAUAACCACAAUAAGAACUAUAAAAAUUUUCAAUAUCCAACAAUAUUUUGAAACCGUUUUCAAAGAAGAUUUGAAAGUUUUAAAUUCCAUUGGUGUUUAUCGAGCAUUGCAAACUGGUAUUGGAUUUGCAAUUUCUGAUUUGUUUUCAUCUAUUGGUCAAGCAAUAAUUUUAUUUUAUGGCAUGAAACUAAUUAGUCAAUUUCAAUAUAAUUAUUCUCAAUUAUUACAAGUAAUCACGUUGUUAAGUUUUACGAUCAGCAAUGCAUCAAUAUUAAUUCAUCAAUUGCCAGAAAUUACAAGAGGUCAAAGAGCUGGUACCUUUAUUGUCAAAUUACUAAAGGAUAUUACUUCCACAAUGGAAGUAAAUGACAGCUGUGGUGUAAGUUCAGUUAGAAAAAGAAACAGCAAAAGUGGUAGUGAUAGUAUUGGUACAAUUGGACCCGUUAAAGACAAUCAACUAUUUAAAAAGGUGACGACUGACAAUGAUACGCUAGCAAUCAGUUUUAAUAAUGUAUCUUUCUCAUACCCUAAUAAGUUGCAUUAUAUACUUCAAUUGAAAAGCAUUUCAUUGGAUGUAAAGAAAUUCACAACUAUUGGAAUAGUUGGACAAUCAGGUUCAGGUAAAUCAACAAUUUUGAAAAUCUUGUUCAGGUUAUAUGAUAUCAAGAUUUCUCCAGAUUCAAAUACUACCAAGAAAUAUCAUGAUCAAACUGUUAAAAUUUUCAAUCAGAAUUUAUAUCUCAUCAACAGCGGUUUAUUAUGUCAAACAAUUGCCAUAGUACCCCAAUUUCCAAAAUUUUUCAGUGGUACAAUAUAUGAUAAUUUAACUUAUGGAAUCAAUAACACGAAUAGUGCUGGUAGUAAUAGCUCAUCUUCAGUUUCCGAUUCUGAAAUUAUUAAAAUAUUGAAAUUGGUUAAUCUCCAUCAAUUUAUAGUCUCAUUACCACAAGGAUUAUUAACCAUCAUGAAUGAUAGUGACAACGAUAAUGAUAACGGCAAUGAAAAUGAAAAUGAAAAUGAAAAUGGCAACACGAUACUGACAUCAUCAUCAACGUCCUUUACUUUUUCAGGUGGACAGUUACAACUACUUGCCAUAGCCAGAGCAUUGUUGCGUAACCCUAAAAUAUUACUCCUCGACGAAUGCACAUCAAACCUAGAUCCAAUAACUACUAAAAUCAUCAUUAACGUGAUAAAAUCCUUACAUGGAAAAUUGACAAUACUAUUUGUCACUCACGACAAAGAGUUAAUGCGUAUUGCCGAUAAUUUGAUAGUAAUGAAAGAUGGUCAAAUAGUGGAACAAGGUGAUUUUCAACAAUUAAUAUCCAACGACGGAGAGUUUACCAAAAUUACAAAGACUAUAAUAUAA